CAACACCUAUAGCACAUUUUUAUGUAUUUUAAUUUCUAACACUCGUACUUUAUCUUCAACUCUUCAAUUAAUUUAUAAGAAAGAAACAAACAACACAAAUCACCAAAUUGAAUAGCAGUUGGAGAUCUAAGCCCAUAUGAUUUUGGCUUAAAAUCGCCACUUAUUGUUUGAAUUUUGGGUUGAUCAUGGCAGAAGUAAACCUAUUCAGUGAAGUGGUUGGGUUGCAGCAGCAGAAAUCUGAUAGUGGAGUAUUCUUCCCCGCGGUUCUCUUCCCCAACCCUAACGCUUCCAAGCCUGUUCAGCUAACAGAUGCCAUUAAAGCUAAUAAACCAUGGCUCGAUUCUCUGCUCCAUAGAUCUGGUGCGAUUCUCUUCAGAGGCUUCCCUGUUUCCACUGCCUCCGACUUCAACGAUGUCGUUGACUCCUCCGGCUACGAAGACUUUUCCUACGGCGCCGGUGGUUCAGGAACCAGGACGAAGCUUACCGAUCGUGUGUACACUGCGAAUGAAGCACCACCGGACCAGAUGAUCGGCUUCCAUCACGAAUUAUCUCAUGCUAGCGAAUUUCCUUCGAAAUUGUUUUUCUUCUGUGAGAUCGAACCAGGAAGGGGAGGAGAAACAUGUAUAGUUCUGAGUCAUGUGAUUUACGAGAAGAUGAAUGGGAAGCAUCCAGAAUUUGUGGAGCAACUGGAAGAGAAAGGAUUGAUUUACAACAGAGUUAUGCGAGAAGGAUUGGACCCUUCAUCGCCGGUAGGACGCGGCUGGAAGGGCACGUUCAUGACCGAUGACAAGAGCGUGGCGGAGGAAAGGGCUACCAAGUUGGGAAUGAAACUAGAAUGGAUGGGUGAUGAAGUCAAAGUUAUAGUAGGUCCGAAACCUAGUUUUAGAUACAACGAAGCCCAACAACAAAAGACCUGGUUCAACAGUCUUGCGAUUUCGUAUGGCAGAUUGCAUGAUAAGCUAAACGAUGAUCCGACAAAAGCAGUUGUUUUUGGCGACGGUGAACCAUUGCCUCGCGAUGAGGUUAAUGACUUGUUAAAGAUGUUUGAUGAAGAGUGUGUUGCAUUACAAUGGUGUAAGGGAGAUGUUCUAUUACUUGAUAAUUUGGCAGUUCUUCAUUCACGAAGACCAUUGCUCGCUCCACCCCGUCGCAUACUUGCCUCGUUUUGCAAGUGAAGGAUUUCACGAAUAAUAUAUGUAAGCCUUUGCACCAACUUUGUACACAAAUAAAUUGUGAUUCAAAUAAGUUCAUCAAACUUUCUAGUGCCCGAGCACAAGGAGAGAGCAUUAACGUCUUUUUCACACCUUGUUGGGGAAAAAAAUUGUAAUUUUUGUCUCAUUUGAGAUCGGUCUUUGUUCUAAACGCAAUACAACUUGUUAUGUUCUUGCAUCA